AUGCCCCCCCUCCUUGUCUCUCCUCACCAGGCUGACCAGUGCACAGGGCUGCAGGGCUUCCUGGUCUUCCACAGCUUCGGGGGCGGCACUGGCUCCGGCUUCACCUCCCUGCUCAUGGAACGCCUCUCUGUCGACUAUGGCAAGAAGUCCAAGCUGGAGUUCUCCAUCUACCCGGCCCCGCAGGUCUCCACGGCCGUGGUGGAGCCCUACAACUCCAUCCUCACCACCCACACCACCCUGGAGCACUCCGACUGUGCCUUCAUGGUGGACAACGAGGCCAUCUACGACAUCUGCCGCCGCAACCUGGACAUCGAGAGGCCCACCUACACCAACCUCAACCGCCUUAUCAGCCAGAUUGUGUCCUCCAUCACGGCCUCUCUCCGCUUCGAUGGGGCCCUGAAUGUCGACCUGACGGAGUUCCAGACCAACCUGGUGCCGUACCCCCGCAUCCACUUCCCGCUGGCCACCUACGCCCCCGUCAUCUCGGCCGAGAAGGCUUACCAUGAGCAGCUCUCGGUGGCGGAGAUCACCAACGCCUGCUUCGAGCCGGCCAACCAGAUGGUAAAGUGCGACCCGCGGCACGGCAAGUACAUGGCAUGCUGCCUGCUGUACCGCGGGGACGUGGUGCCCAAGGAUGUCAACGCCGCCAUCGCCACCAUCAAGACCAAGCGUAGCAUCCAGUUCGUGGACUGGUGCCCCACCGGUUUCAAGGUGGGCAUCAAUUACCAGCCUCCCACGGUGGUGCCCGGGGGGGACCUGGCCAAGGUGCAGCGCGCGGUGUGCAUGCUGAGCAACACCACGGCCAUCGCCGAGGCCUGGGCCCGCCUGGACCACAAGUUUGACCUGAUGUACGCCAAGCGGGCGUUCGUGCACUGGUACGUGGGGGAGGGCAUGGAGGAGGGGGAGUUCUCGGAGGCCCGGGAGGACAUGGCUGCCCUGGAGAAGGAUUACGAGGAGGUGGGGGUGGAUUCGGUGGAAGGGGAGGGAGAGGAGGAAGGGGAGGAAUACUAAACUCUCACAAGGGUGCUGCUCUUACAGGGAACAUAACCUAGUUGAAGACCCCUCUGUGGGUCUGUAGCAGUGUGUGCGCCGCGGUCUGUCCUGUUCAAUGGUCUGUGCUUCAAUGGAAAAGUCUGUUACGGACCCACCCGUCCUUUCCUGUGGGUCUGAAUAAAAAGCAUUCCCUGUCUUA